AUGGCUCGAGGAGAAAACAUUGAAGCACUGAAUUUGCUUUUUAAGGGAUUUGUUUCGCUUACUGAAAAUAUAUGUGCUCGUGAUGAUCCAGUAUUUUCAGAGUUCUUGCUUGCUCUUGGUAAUGGAGCUUUGCAAAUUGAGGAAACUGCACGAAUCACAGUUCCAUCUGCUCUUAGCUUGCGAUGUGGAGCCUCCCCUGCUUGUAUGGAUGAUUUGCUGAAACAAAUUUAUCCUACUAUAUCCAGUACAUGUGCGAAUCCGGAGAUGUUUGCAGAAAGAGCGAUAUGCAUCCCAAGGAAUAAAGAUUAUAAAAGCUUUGAUAGUAUUAUUGAUGAUGAUUCCGAAAUCUAUCCAAAAGAAUUCCUGAAUACACUUUGUCCUGGAGGAAUGAAUCCACAUAAUUUGGUUCUCAAGCUAAAUUGCCCAUGUGAAAUUUCUACUGGUUUUUCAAAGGGCGAGCAUGUUUUACUGCCACGUAUCACUCUUAGGGCACCUAGGUCAUCCGGCUACCCAUUUCAUUUCUUGGAAAGUGCUUAUUUGAGAGGAAGAAAAGCAAGGUCUUAA